UGCGUAAAAUUUUGUUUGACGUUUCCGAAUCCCAUCCCAACCCAACUAAUAAAAAAGUGAUUCUCGUAUAGUGGAAAGCAAAAAGAAAAGUUUUUCGUGUCGUUCGGUCUCAAUUUAGCGAUAAUUGCAAAUACAACGCUCAACAAGCACCAGAACCAUAAAAUUCACAGAUGGAGACACACCGGGAAGCAAUUCAAAAACAAAUCCACCAGGAUUGGGCAAAUCGGGAGUACAUCGAGGUGAUUACAGCUAGCAUCAAACGAAUUACCGACUUUCUGAAUUCUUUUGACAUGAGCUGCCGGUCGAGGCUUGCUGUUCUCAAUGAAAAGCUUACUACACUGGAACGGCGGAUUGACUAUCUAGAAGCAUGCGUGACCAAGGGAGAAACGUUGCAAUAAUUUCAAUAUUUUGAAAGCGAAGAGACACAAAAAGGAGAACCUGUUCGGGGAGUGAGAGUUAUCUUAAAGUAAGUUUUAGUCGUAAGCAAAAUACUGCACGUGCAGUUGAAAAAUAAAUAUAUCUGGAAUCUUAUACAUUA